AUGAGGUCCUCCAUGAUUCUUCUCAUUGCCACCGGCCUGGUGUCGGGUCUGAGCAUCCCCAAGCAGUUGGGUGCUCGCGAGGAGCUUACCCUCCGCCAGGAGGCUGCUGCCCCCGCCGCGCCUGCUGCACCUGUUGCUGAGGCGCCCGCUGCUGCUCCUCCUGCCGCUGCUCCUCCUGCCGCUGCUCCUCCUGCUGCCGCCCCUCCCGCCGCCGCUCCGCCUGCCGAGGCUGCUCCCCCAGCUGCUGCUCCCCCCGCCGCGGGCGGUGACGCCGCGGCCGAAGAGGAGAAGAAGAAGGCCGAGGAGGAGGCUGCCAAGAAGGCGCAAGAAGAAGCCGCUAAGAAGGCUGCUGAGGAGGCUGCCAAGAAGGCCGAGGAGGAGAAGAAGCAGCAGGAAGAUGCUGCGAAGGAGGCCGACAAGGCCAAGGAGGAGGCCGACAAGGCCCGCAAGGAGGCUGCCAGGGAUGCCGCGAAGAAGGCCGAGGAGUACCAGAAGAACCAGCGCAACCGCGACCGCGACGGCAACAGGAACAACCGCAACGGCAACAACCGCAACAACAACAACAACGACAACGCCCAGCUUCUCCAGAUCGUCCAGCUUCUCCUGGCCUCCAUGGGUCUCGGCAACGUCGUCAACGUCAACGCUCUCGCUCAGCUCCAAGCCCAGCAGCAGCUCAUCAUGCUCGCCCAGCUCCAGCAGCUCGCUCAGCUCACUUCCGUCGGUCUUGUCAACCCUGUCCAGCUCGUCGGUCUCAUGCAGCAGGGCAUCGUUGUCAGCGGCAUCCAGAUCGGCAUGGGUGGCAAGUUGUAA